AUGCUGCCUCUCAUUCUUCCCUCAACCGCCGCGAGCACCCCAAGCGAUAAGCGAUCAGCCACCCCUUAUCGGCCUUUUAAGGAACGGUACCACUUGGAUGAUGUCGUGCGGGAUAUUAAACAACAUCUGGGUGAAUCCGGUGGUAUCUCGUCUGAAGAUGUCGACUCGGAGUACUUGCGGUCCUUGUUAGAAAAAUACAUCUCAGACCCAAGCGACUGGAUCCAGUAUUUCCACAACGAUCGCAGCAAAAAUUACACUCGGAAUGCGAUUGAGAGCAUCAAUCAUAAGGCAAAUAUUCUCCUUCUAGUAUGGAAUCCCGGAAAGGGUUCCCCGAUUCACGAUCACGCAAAUGCCCACUGCAUCAUGAAAGUCCUCGCCGGGGAACUACAUGAGACCGUUUAUAAGAUACCCGAUAACAGGCCAGGGGACUCGUUGCCGUUAGAAGUCAAAUCCGCAAACACCUAUGGUAUGAAUGAGGUCACCUAUAUUUCUGACGAUAUCGGGCUCCAUCGGGUCCACAAUCCCAGCAGCAGCCAGAUAGCUGUUUCAUUGCAUUUAUAUACACCCCCAAAUGCAGCUGACUAUGGCUACAAUAUUUUCGAUGAAGCUACCGGCUCCGCAAGCCACGUAUCACAGGCACGCUCAUUUUUGAAGCCACAGGAGAAUUAG